AUGGAUGUACAGCGUUUCACCACCCUCGACACUACGGACACCGGUCAGACUGCACAGGUGGCCACAGUUAGUCGCACAUACUCACCUCCUCCUCCCUCUCUCGACUCGUUUGCACCGCCCGUCGUUGCUGAAUACUGGUGCCACACCCAAGUUCGAGUUAUAAAACUGCGAUACACCUGGACCAUCAGUAAUUUCUCCUUUUGUCGGGAGGAACUGGGCGAGGUUGUAAAGAGCAGUGUCUUCUCCUCAGGACCAAAUGACAAACUCAAAUGGUGCCUGCGAAUAAACCCCAAGGGCUUGGAUGAGGAGAGUCGUGAGUACCUUUCUCUCUACCUUCUGCUCAUGAACUGCGGCUCAAAAGGCGAGGCUCGGGCCAAGUUCAAAUUCUCCAUCUUAAAUGCCAAGCGAGAGGAGACCAAAGCCAUGGAAAGCCAGCGUGCCUAUCGGUUUGUGCAGGGAAAGGAUUGGGGCUUCAAGAAGUUCAUCCGGCGAGACGUCCUCAUGGAUGAGUCCAGUGGAUUGCUCCCGAAUGACCGUCUCACGAUUGUGUGCGAGAUUUCAGUCGUUGGCGAGACCCUCUCGGACAGCGGUCAAAUAAGCAGCCAGCCGGUCACCAUACCCGAGUGUCGUCUCCACGAGGAUCUUGGCUCCCUCUUUCUCAAACAACUUCUUACUGAUGUGACCUUGGUCGUUGUGUCUCCGUCAUCUUCUCCGUCGCAGCAGCAACACGGAUUGUGCCAACGGGAAAAACUCCUCGACAGCCCCCCGCGUUCCGAGGGGCAAAUUGGGGCGGAGGAGGAGGGGGAUUCAGACGAGGGCAAGGAGGAUCCCAAGACUCCUGUAGCUUCAGUCGGAAAGGACGGAGACGAGGAGGAGGAGGGGGAGGGUAGGGAACAAGGGGAGUCCUACCUCGAGGGGGACAGUGAAGCUAGCGUCUCAUCCCUGCCCCGCAUAAUCCUCCGUGUUCCACAACAGCAGCAGCAGCAGCAGCCAAACAGGCCACCCUCGGAAUCCUAUCAUCAUCAGGCUAAUUUAUCAGUCAGUGACAGUAACGAAGUUGCCACGAUCCGCCCAGUGACAUCGCCAUCACAUCCGUUGUCCAACCGAGCCUGCUCCGUUUGUUCGUCAUGUUCCCUGCAAAACAUCGAACACAAGCAUCGACAUUCUUCGACCCCAACGUACUCCGCUUCCUCCUCCUCACCUGCUCCUCCGCUUCAGUUAGACGGUACUUGCAUUUCCUCCGAUGAGACCGGUUACCAAUCCGUGAGGAUGGAGACCGGUCAGACGCCGCCUCCAGCCUGUCCGAACAUCGUCUCCACGACCGCGUCCGUUCAGCUCUCCUCGACCUCCGCGUCAUCCCACUCCACCCUCCGCUCCUCAGCCGUGGUUGGCAGUAGUUCUGGCACCCCGGUUUACAAGCCACCACCCCCACCUGCCCUCCAGAUCUUCCCGCCCCCUCCGCCCUCUGUGUCAGUCAGUGUCAGCAGCGACGGUUUCGUGCUGCGUCAGUUCAAGGCUCACAAGGCCAUUCUGGCGGCGCGCAGCCCGGUGUUUGCGGCCAUGUUCGAGCACGGCAUGACCGAGUCCCGCGCCAACCGCGUGCACAUCACCGACGUCGAGCCGGACACCUUGGCUGAGGUGUUGCGGUUCAUCUACACCGGCCAGGUUGUCGGCCUGGAUAAUCCCGUUACAGCCCAGGAACUUCUUGCCGCUGCUGACAAGUACCAACUGGAGCGACUAAAGGCAAUGUGCGAGGAGGAAUUGGUGGAGAACUUGACCGUGGAAGCGGCCUGUGAUAUCCUCAGCCUCGCGGACAUCCACAGCGCUGAGCAGCUCAAAGCACACACCCUCGACUUCAUAAUGCUGCACGCUCAAGAGGUGUGCGAGUCUGAAGGCUACGAGCGCCUGGUUCGACAACGACCGCACCUCCUGAAUGAAUGCUUCCGCACGAUAGCCUGCCAGCAGCUUCCCUUUCGUUGUUGGUCCUCCCGCAAACGCCCCCGACCCUCCUAG